GAAGAGACUUCUGCAGAAAGCCAAGCUUCAACAAAAACUUCAGAUGAAACAGAAGCCAGCUUAGUUCCCUCUUCAUUUGAUGGUAGAGCAUUUCCUGAAACACCUGCAGAUGGCUCUGCUCAGCCACAUGUGUCUUGGGCCAUGGUACUUUCACAGCCCCCAAAGAAAAUUGUGUCAUCAUCAGUACCUGAAGGUCUUUCCAGAGGCAAAGGCAAGCAGGAUAGUGAAGUGAAGCAGUCAGAAACAAAAAACGAUGCUAGUGAAACUGAGCCUGAAGAAGGGUCAGAAAAGAAGAAAAAAAAGAAGAAAAAGAAGAAAAAAACAAAGUCACCCACCGAUGCGGAGAAACCUCAAAAUGAAUCUACUACAACACAGGAACCACCAAGGAUUGAGGAUGCUGAGGAGUUCCCUGAUCUGGCAGCUGCCUCUGAUAGAAGAAACAGGCUAGGAUCUCAGAAAUCAUCAUUUACUCCUGCUGAAACAUCCAGGAGCAGUGGAAAGAAGAGUCAAAUUCCUGUGCAGUUGGAUUUGGGUGGCAUGCUGGCAGUCUUGGAGCAGAAGCAGCAAACAGAGAAGUCAAAACAGUCUUCUAAACCUGUGGUGUUUUCAGUUGGUGGUGCUAUACCGUUGCUUUCUAAAGAACCUACUACAGCCACAAAAAGUCACCGAUCAAACCAAGAAAAGAUGCCUCAUAAUCCUUUGGAUUCCAGCGCUCCUUUGGUAAAGAAAGGGAAACAGAGAGAAGUUCCUAAAGCAAAGAGACCGACAUCUCUUAAAAAGAUUAUUCUGAAAGAAAGAGAACAACGGAAACAGCAACACCUGUUAGAACAGACAGCAGUACCGAAAAAUGAAGAUAAUAUUUGUAAGUCUGCAGAAAAUAUUACAGAAGAUGAAACACUUCCACCGGAUGAUCAAGCAGCUGUUCCUGUAACACAAGUUACUGAAGAGUUUCUGGAGAACACAGGGAUCAAGGAAUCAACAAAAGCUUCUAUGACCUCAAAGCAGACCGCUUCAAAUCUUCCAAAAAUCCACAGUAGGAAUUUCAGAGAUUAUUGCAGCCAGGUACUCAGUAAAGAAGUUGACAGUUGUGUGACAGAUCUCUUAAAAGAACUGGUUCGUUUCCAAGAUCGCUUGUAUCAGAAAGAUCCAGUAAAGGCCAAGAUAAAACGCAGGCUUGUUAUGGGUCUCAGAGAAGUUUUGAAACACCUGAAGCUGAAAAAACUGAAGUGUGUCAUCAUCUCUCCUAACUGCGAAAAGAUUCAGUCAAAGGGUGGGUUGGAUGAGACUCUACACAACAUUAUUGACUGUGCCUGUGAACAGAAUAUCCCUUUUGUUUUCGCCCUUAAUCGCAAGGCCCUGGGCCGCUGUCUGAACAAAGCAGUGCCUGUCAGUGUGGUGGGAAUUUUUAGCUAUGAUGGGGCUCAGGACCAUUUUCAUAGAAUGGUACAGCUGACAACAGAGGCCAGGAAGGCCUACAAAGAUAUGAUAGCAGCUUUAGAGGAAGAAGCUGAAGGAGGACCAAGAGAAACCCAACCCAGCAUCUUAACCACUGAAUAUGAAAAAAAUGGCUUAUCAGAAACUGGCAAAACAUCUUCCAAGGACUCUGAUGAGGAUGUACCAAAUUAUAUUAAAAUCUGGAGGAGAAAACUUGAAGAAGAGUAUAACCCAUACACACUGGAACUGGAAAAGAGUGCAGCAGCUUCUGAAUUCACUAUUACCAUGUCAGAGCAUCAGUAA